AUGAUCGUGAAGAACCAGUUAGUAGCAAAGCUAAAUCGCAGAGACGACUCUCAGUACAAGGGCAUCAUCGACUGCGUGGUGCGCAUCCCCCGGGAGCAGGGCGUCCUCUCCUUCUGGCGCGGCAACCUGGCCAAUGUGAUCCGGUACUUCCCCACCCAGGCCCUCAACUUCGCCUUCAAGGAUAAGUACAAGCAGAUCUUCCUGGGCGGCGUGGACAAGCGAACCCAGUUCUGGCGGUACUUCGCCGGUAACCUGGCGUCCGGGGGUGCCGCCGGCGCUACCUCCCUGUGCUUCGUCUACCCCCUUGACUUUGCCCGAACCCGCCUGGCAGCGGAUGUGGGUAAAGCCGGGGCUGACCGUGGGCUGGGCUACUGCAUCGUCAAGAUCUUCAAGUCUGAUGGCUUGAAGGGCCUGUACCAAGGAUUCAAUGUGUCUGUCCAGGGCAUCAUCAUCUACAGAGCCGCCUACUUUGGCAUCUACGACACCGCGAAGGGCAUGCUUCCGGACCCGAAGAACACCCACAUUGUUGUCAGCUGGAUGAUUGCUCAGACCGUCACCGCUGUCGCCGGUUUGACCUCCUACCCUUUUGAUACAGUUCGUCGUCGCAUGAUGAUGCAGUCUGGCCGUAAAGGAACUGACAUAAUGUACACUGGCACUAUUGACUGCUGGCGGAAGAUUGCCCGGGACGAGGGCUCCAAGGCGUUUUUCAAAGGUGCAUGGUCUAAUGUACUCCGAGGAAUGGGUGGUGCUUUUGUCUUAGUCCUGUAUGAUGAAAUCAAGAAGUACACAUAAGUUGUUUCCUGUUGUGAACUGGCAUGUUGUUAUAUGUAGUCUAUGACCGCUCAUGGACUUGUUUGAAAACCGUCUAGUUACUAAACAGUGACGGCUGAUGUUUAUACAGGUUGGCAUGGGGCAGGGCCAACUGCCUGCCCUGUCUUGAUCAAGUUAUUCCCCCUGACGGGACUCACCAUGGUUUCUAUUUCAGUCACUCCUGCUUAAAGAGUACAAAGAAAUAAAAAUCUGAAACCAACUUU